AUGGCCUCUUGUGUUUCUUUUGCUCCCGAGGCCAUCUUGGCACUCGCCUCGCAUGUCCGAAAUGAUGGUUCGUCGCCUGCGUUCUGCUUUGGCACUGAGAAGUCGCCGCUUGAGGGCGGCGAGGCUGUUGUCUACGCUGUCCGGUUUCCCGACGGUGUCACUUGGGCUGUCCGUGUCCCCGUCCACGCGGCUAAGAGCCUUGGGCCGGCUUCUCUAGCCGCGUUCAUGGAGACGCAGGCUACAAUGUUGACCAGACUGGCCAAGUCGGGCUUUCGCUGGUCUCCGAAACUUGUCAGCUUCGACUGCGGGUUCGACAACCACAUCAACCACCCCUACUUUGUCCUGAGCUGGUUCGAUGGCUUGCCCCUGCAAUGGACCGACACUUAUCCGCCAGAGCCCCAGGUUCGGGAGAAGAUCCUGCUCCAGAUCGUGGACAUUCGGCUAGAGCUGGCUGAGUGCACAAAGGACUUGCGUCCCAACGCCUCCGCCUUGGCCUUCCUGACCGGAGUUGUCGACGGCAAGAUCAUGAGAGCUCUGACCGAUGAGAAGCCGGUGUUCACCCCGCGGGACUGCUUUGUACACCGGGCUCUACUUCCUCACGUUGUUCAUGAUGCCCUCGAGUCUGAGCCUUCUGUCUUCGCCAUUUCACAUGAGGACUUGGCGGCUCACAAUAUCAUCGUCGACCCGGAAUACAAUAUCACAGGCAUUGUCGGCUGGAACUUCGCUCGGGUCCUUCCACUGCAGCUGGCCUUCCGACUUCCACGCUUCUUAGCUAUUGAACCGGACUCUCCCAUCAAGACCGCCCCCCAAACUCCCGAGGAUAUCCGCGCUUUUGCAACGCAAUUCCUGCAGCCCCAGCCUGAGCGCGCUGCACUGGCAGAAACAAUGAAGUCCGUCCUGUCGGAUCCCGACGCGGACUGGCGCUAUCUGGUCGUUGAAGCCUGCUUCAGCAAAGGAAUGCAUGCUUGGCUAGUUCAUCGGGACUGGUUACUGCACGGCACAAAGGGGGAGUUGGCAGAUUCUGUCAACAUUACCCCCGACAAGAUGGCACGGGAGGUGGACAGUUUCCUCGACGGUGAAGGCAGGGACGAAGGACUCACUCGGGAAGCGCUCCUCGAAGCGAUUAACAGCCAGUGA